GUCUCCGUAACUGGGUCAGCCAUUAUUCUGGGCUUCGGCUGCCGUCGCACAGAGUUCGCGUGUCAUCUUCUAGCGUCCCGGCGCCAGGGAGACGGUACCCAAGGCCGGAGCCGCAGCGGGAGCCCCUGGUCUUAUAGAUGAUGUUCUUCAAGUUCUAAGGAAGAACUCAAGCAAAGAUUGAGAGGGCCUGGAGAGGAGCCUUUCUUAAACGACAACAAUGACAAGAGAAAAUUGGACCCACAAUGCCCUGAGACAAGAGGGGCUUGUUAAAGGGAAGGAUGAUACCUGGAAAUGGGGAACGAGCUUCCAAGGGAGCAGCUCCUCUGUUUGGGAGACUUCCCACCUACACUUUAGACAGUUACGUUACCAUGAAACAUCUGGACCCCAGGAGGCGCUGAGCCGGCUGCGGGAGCUCUGUCGCCGGUGGCUGAGGCCAGAAGCCCGCACCAAGGCCCAGAUCCUGGAGCUGCUGGUGCUGGAGCAGUUCCUGAGCAUCUUGCCUGGGGAGAUUCGGACCUGGGUGCAGAUCCAUCGCCCCGGGAGUGGUGAGGAGGCCGUUGCCCUUGUAGAGGAGCUGCAGAAAGAUCUCGAUGGACCAGAACUAAAAGUUCCAGUCCUCAUCAGGGACCAGGACACUUUCCAGGAGGGUAUGAGCACUACAGGAACAACACUUCAUACACCCACUGGCAGCCCCUUGUCUGCUGAAUUUUGUCCAUAUGCUUUUACUGACCCAGUGGUGUUCAAUCUCCAGGAUCCUCAACAUGAUUCUCCUGCCCCUGAAGCUUCUGCACUUUCCCAGGAAGAGAACCCAAGAAAUCAAUUAAUGGCCCUCAUGCUCCUAACAGCGCAGCCCCAGGAAUUGGUGAUGUUUGAGGAAGUAUCAGUAUGCUUCACUUCAGAGGAAUGGUCAUGUCUGAGCCCAAUUCAGAGGGCUUUGUACUGGGAUGUGAUGCUGGAGACAUAUGGAAAUGUGACCUCCUUGGAAUGGGAGACCAUGACUGAGAAUGAGGAGGUGACAUCAAAGCCAAGUAUUUCUCAAAGAGCAGAUUCUCAGAAAGGAACAUCAAAAAGACUUCAAGGAGGUAUUCCCCAAGUCCUUCAUUUGGAGGAAGAAUAUGAAUGGAAAGUUUUGGUAAAUCACUGGGGAAAUGAAAUAGGGGAAAGAGAUACGCUGAAGAAAGGUUCCCUCUGUGAAGGAGACAAGAAGAAAGGAGCUCAACCAGAAAAGCAAAGCCAAAAGUGGAAAGAAUUUGGAGAAAGCUUUACUUUAGGUUCAGCUCUUUCUGAAAAUUUAAUAGGUUCUGAAGGAAAAAAGUUUUACAAAUGUGAUAUAUGCUGUAAACAUUUCAAUAAAAUCUCCCAUCUUAUAAACCAUCGGAGAAUCCAUACUGGUGAGAAACCUCAUAAAUGUAAGGAGUGUGGAAAAGGCUUUAUUCAGCGCUCAAGCCUUUUAAUGCAUUUACGGAACCAUUCUGGGGAGAAACCUUACAAGUGUAAUGAAUGUGGGAAAGCCUUCUCUCAAAGUGCUUAUCUUCUAAACCAUCAAAGAAUCCAUACCGGGGAGAAACCUUAUAAGUGUAAGGAGUGUGGAAAGGGCUUCUAUAGGCACUCAGGCCUUAUUAUACAUUUAAGGCGCCAUUCUGGGGAGAGACCUUAUAAAUGUAAUGAGUGUGGGAAAGUUUUCUCUCAGAAUGCUUAUCUCAUUGACCAUCAGCGGCUCCACAAAGGGGAAGAACCUUAUAAAUGUAACAAGUGUCAGAAAGCUUUCAUUCUGAAGAAGAGCCUCAUUUUACACCAGAGAAUUCACUCUGGGGAAAAACCCUAUAAAUGUGAUGAAUGUGGAAAAACCUUUGCUCAGACCACUUACCUUGUUGACCAUCAGCGACUCCACAGUGCAGAGAACCCAUACAAAUGUAAAGAAUGUGGAAAAGUGUUCAUUAGAAGCAAAAGCCUCCUUUUACACCAGAGAGUACAUACAGAAAAGAAGACCUUUGGCUGUAAAAAAUGUGGGAAGAUUUUCAAUUCCAAGUCAAACCUCAUUGACCAUAAGAGGAUGCAUAGCAGAGAGAAGCCUUAUAAAUGUACUGAAUGUGGGAAAGCCUUCACUCAGAGUGCUUACCUUUUUGACCAUCAGAGACUCCACAAUGGAGAGAAGCCCUAUGAAUGUAAUGAAUGUGGGAAAGUUUUCAUUUUGAAGAAGAGCCUCAUUUUACACCAGAGGUUCCACACUGGAGAGAAUCUCUAUGAAUGUAAAGACUGUGGCAAGGUCUUUGGUUCUAACAGAAACCUCAUUGACCAUGAGAGACUCCACAAUGGGGAGAAGCCUUAUGAAUGUCGAGAGUGCGGGAAAACCUUCAUUAUGAGCAAAAGUUUCAUGGUCCAUCAAAAACUCCAUACACAGGAGAAAGCCUACAAAUGUGAGGAUUGUGGAAAGGCUUUCAGUUACAAUUCAAGCCUGCUUGUACAUCGGAGAAUCCACACUGGGGAAAAGCCCUUUGAAUGUGGAGAGUGUGGAAGAGCUUUCAGUUCUAACAGAAACCUCAUUGAACAUAAGAGAAUCCACAGUGGUGAGAAACCCUAUGAGUGUAAUGAGUGUGGUAAAUGCUUCAUUCUGAAGAAAAGCCUCAUUGGACAUCAGAGGAUUCACACAAGGGAAAAAUCUUAUAAAUGCAAUGACUGUGGGAAAGUCUUCAGUUACCGCUCAAACCUUAUAGCCCAUCAGAGAAUCCACACUGGUGAGAAGCCCUAUGCAUGUAAUGAGUGUGGGAAGGGCUUUACUUACAACAGAAACCUUAUUGAACAUCAAAGAAUUCACAAUGGGGAAAAAACCUAUGAAUGUCAUAUAUGUAGGAAAGUUCUUACCUCUAGUAGAAAUCUUAUGGUGCAUCAAAGAAUCCACACUGGAGAGAAACCUUAUAAAUGUAAUGAGUGUGGAAAAGACUUCAGUCAGAAUAAAAACCUUGUUGUACAUCAGAGGAUGCACACUGGGGAGAAACCAUAUGAAUGUGAGAAAUGUAGAAAAUCUUUUACUUCUAAGAGGAAUUUAGUUGGCCAUCAGAGAAUCCACACUGGGGAGAAACCAUAUGGGUGUAAUGAUUGUAGUAAAGUUUUUAGGCAAAGGAAAAACCUUACUGUACAUCAGAAAAUUCAUACAGAUGAAAAAUUCUGUAACUGUGAUGAGUCUGAAAAAGAAUUCUGUCAGACUUCAAACCUUCAUCUUCAACAAAAAACCCAUACUGUGGAGGAAUGCCAAGUCCAAGAUAGAGAUUCAGAAAUAGUGUCAUAUGUAAAAUAGAAUAGAAUCCCUGCCUACUUAAGUAACUGUUGAAGAAAUGGCAGUAUAUAGUUCUCAUAGGGAAAAAAACCCAUGGUUGACCCUUUUGUUGACAAGUGAGUUGCAUGUAGAAGAAAGUUAAUAUAGACUUUCAAGACUACAAAAACAUUAUCUGCAAAUUCUAGUUAAAGGAUACUCUCAGGCUGUUUGUUAUGACGCUAGAAAGGGACCUUCAAACAACUGAGGACUCUGAAGAAGCUGGGUUUAUGUUUUAUAAGAUGUAAUGAUGUAGUUAUAUAUGACAGUAAAAAUAUCUUUGUAUUAAAAAGUGGACAUUUUUUUCUGGAAAUGUGUAUAUUGUAAAGAUAGCAUCACUGCUAUAGAAAGUAUAUAGACAGUAUGUAUGUUCGAGAUGAGUUGGACAUGGAGUUUGGUGGGCAAGACUUUUGUUUGAGGACCUUUAAGAAGAGGUGUGGAUUUGAAAUUAGAAGACCUAGGUUUAGGUCUUGGCUAUUUUUACUAAGCUAUGUCAUAUGUUUAGGUCAGUCUCUGAGCUUCAUUUCCUCAGUCAAAUGUUGACAUAAUGCCCAUCUCACAGGGCUGUUGUGAGGAUUAAAUGAAAGGGUAUUUGUGAAAGGACUUUGUGAAAUAAUUUAGUUGUCAGUAAAGUUGGAAAAAGAGGUAAGGUCAAAAUCUAGAAUAUGAUAUAAUGUAAUAUAAGGAUUCAUUAAGUCAGUAUAAGGAUGCCAGCCUCAAAAGAUACUCAUUUUUAUAAGAGGAAGUAUGGUGGGUAGCUGACUUUGGAAUUUACUAUUCAAAGAAAUCUUUUUAAACCUGUAGCUUUAAAAAUGUUUAAGGGAAUUAAUAGAUAAUAUGCCUGGUUUGUUUUAGUGGAAAAAUAUUUAUUAUGGAAAAAUAAUAUGUCCAACUGCCAACAUUGUUGCCAAGGAAAAUUUAUUUUUCAACUUUUGACUUUGAAACCUAGAGAUGUAGAGUGUCAAAAUGAAAGGAUGAUCCUAUGUUGCCUUAUUCAUAGGGAAAAAUCCUUAACACCACCUCCUGAGCUGAUGAUCCUGCCACUGUCAUUUUCAGUUGUAAUCAACAUUUUACCUUUGCUGACAUAUGGUAACUUGCUACUUAAGGAACACCAUUCUGGCCCAGCACUUAAGUUACUAUGUAAGUUUUUCACACAGAGCCAGUCCCUUCAAGUUCUGAUUAAACCAAUUCAGAAUCCACCUCUGGUUGGUCAGGUCAGUUACUCCAUGUGAACCAAUCAUUCAUUCAAUCUAUGCCCUUAUGUACAUUUGUAGAUUUCAUUCAUACUAUAUUCUUGAGUUGCUAAUUUUAUAUUGUAAUUCUCAAAACUCCAAUUUUGCAGCUGGACUAUAAAUACCUUAAUAUCAGGAUGGUGUUUUCUGUUGCUGAUUGUGUUGAAGUGGUGUAUUGAUUAUAAUAAAGGUCAUUAAUUCAACCCCGAA